AUGGAGUUGGCGGACGGCUUGCUUCUGCAGGUCAACAACGGCGAGCAGUGGUGCAACCGCUGGAAGCGGCCCAAUGACGACUCCUGCACGCCACAGAGCUGGGAAAAGCUGUUCAACCCCAGCAUUCCAUCGCUUGGCCUGCGUAACGUCAUCUACAUAAACGAGACCCACACCAGGCAGCGCGGCUGGUUGGCACGGCAACUGAGCUAUGUCCUCUUUGUCAUGGAACGAGACGUUCACAAGGACAUGUUCCCCCGGAACGUGGUGGAAAACGUGCUCAACAACAGCAGCGUUGAGAGCGCCAUCUUGAGCGUGGCCUCCGAUUCGGACGAGGCCGGCGGUGAGCACAGCAAAUCCGUCGGGAAAGUCAAGCAAAAAGCCCGACGCUUCCUCCAGCAGAUGGUGGCCAGCGUUUCGCCCGCCUUCGUCAGGCUGACAGGAUGGGUUCUCCUGAGGCUCUUUAAUGGUUUCUUCUGGAGCAUUCAGAUCCAUAAGGGCCAGCUGGAAAUGGUCAAAAAAGCAGCGGCGGAGCACGGCGCUCCCAUGGUCUUCCUGCCUGUCCACAAGUCCCACAUCGACUAUCUGCUCAUCACGCUGAUCCUCUUCUGUCACAACAUCAAAGCGCCGCACAUCGCUGCCGGCAACAACCUCAGCAUCCCCAUUCUCAGCACCCUGAUCCGAAAGCUGGGAGGAUUUUUCAUACGGCGGAAAAUGGAGGAGUCCGGGGACGGCAAGAAAGACGUUUUGUACCGAUCACUCCUAUAUGCUUACACAGAAGAGCUGUUGCGUCAGCAGCAGUUCCUUGAGGUCUACCUGGAGGGCACGCGCUCCCGCAGCGGCAAACCGUCCACGGCGCGCGCCGGCAUGCUGUCCAUCGUGGUGGACGCGCUGCGCACAGGCUCCAUCGGGGACGUGCUCGUGGUGCCGGUGGGCAUCUCGUACGACCGCAUCAUCGAGGGCAACUACAACAGCGAGCAGCUGGGCAAGCCCAAGAAGAACGAGAGCUUGUGGGGAAUAGCGUGCGGCGUGUUCAGGAUGCUGAGGAAGAACUAUGGCUGCGUCCGUGUCGACUUCAACCAGCCGUUUUCCCUAAAGGAAUACCUGGACAGCCAGAGAAGCCGCCACAUUGCACCCCCGCUGUCCCUCGAGCACGCCUUGAUGCCCACCAUCAUAGAUGCGGAGCCUGACGCGCAGCUGUUCGACGGACAAGAGGAGGGCCACCAGAACAGAGAGCUACCCGAAGACUUGUGCCGACGACAGCUCAUUAACAACCUGGCCAAACACGUUCUUUUCACGGCAAACAAGUCAUCCGCCAUCAUGUCCACGCACAUCGUGGCCUGUUUGCUGCUCUACCGACACCGACAGGGCGUUGCACUGUCCAAGCUGGUGGAGGACUUCUUCAACAUGAAGGAGGAAGUGCUGUCACGCGACUUUGACCUGGGCUUCUCGGGCAACUCGGAGGACGUGGUGAUGCGCGCGCUGCACCUGCUGGAGAACUGCAUUGCCGUCACCGGCGGCGCCAACCGCAACGGCGAGUUCACCAUCGCGCCCAGCCACACCGUGCCGGCGCUUUUCGAGCUCAACUUCUACAGCAACGGCCUCUUCCACGUCUUCAUCCCCGACGCCAUCGUCGCCUGCAGCAUCCUGUCCCUUCAGCGGGAGCAGGCGGUGGAGUCGGAGUCGUCGGCGCUAGCGUUGCAACAAGGGCCGAGCGCCGUAGCCGCCGACUGCCCACUCAGUCAAGAGAAGCUCAUCCGCAAGGCCGCCGGCCUCUCGCAAUUCCUGGUCAACGAGGUGGCCGUUGCCUCUCCGUGCCAGACUAUAUACCAGGUGUUCCUCGACGCUAUCACCCGCCUCAUCCAGUAUGGCGUCCUCUAUGUCGCUGAGGAGGACCAGGAGGAACUGAGCCCCAGUCCGACGGAAGAACCGUGGCCCAAAAAGUUUCCCGAGCCGCUCUCCUGGAGGAGCGACGAGGAGGACGAAGACAGCGACUUUGGGGAGGAGCAGCGGGAUCGCUACCUGAAGGUGAGCCUGUCGGCAGAGCACCAGGAGUUCUUUGUGUUCCUGCAGCGGCUCCUCAGCUCCGUCCUGGAGGCCUACAGCGGUGCCGCCAUCUUUGUGCACAGCUUGAGUCAGCCCAUGGCCGAGACUGAGUACACGCAGCGCCUCUUCAGAUACCUGCUCACGCGCACCGAGAAGAGAAUUGCUGCUUACGGUGAAAGUGCAACUCAUUACUUGGUGAAGAACACAGUGAGAACGUUCAAGGAUCUCGGGGUCCUCAAGGAGCGACGAGAGGAGCGCGUGACCACGCUGGAGCUGAGCCCCACCUUCCUACCUCAGGCCACCCGCAACAAACUGCUGCAGUACAUUUUAGGCUUCUCCCUGCUGUGACCCCGAAAGGCCCACAAACCUCGUUGCUUCAGGCUCCCCUCCGACACAAGGGCUUCUUACUUGUUACUUCGAAAAUACGACUAAUCCAGGUGCUACCCGGAAGUGCCUUCACGUUUAGAAGAAAACAAAAAGGCUCUCUCUAUCCCCUGCCACGCUACAUCUCCAUUACUUUGUAAUAUAUAGCAAUAGGCAAAGCUGCCUUUUACAGAAAGCAUCCACAGGAAGUGGGCAAAGUAGCCAUCGAGGGCAGAAGUGCACUCAAAUCUAGUCUAGUAGUACACGUUGCUCCCUACACUAACCUGUCAAAUCAAUCGGGAUUCACCUUCGUUAUUAUGAAUGGGAUGUACUAAAGAAGCCUUUCAAAGAGCGCUGUAGAAUUGUUUUCUCGUAUUGUCACAUUAUUGCAGAGCUGACCCGGUGUGGCAUUUGCCGACAUUGCCUAAUGGGCAAGCCGGCUCUGCAUUGUCUUCUAGCAGCUGUGAAGUCAAAUGAUACUUUACUGAUUCUUUUGUUGUUCUUGUUGUUUUUAGACGUACUUUCUCAUAGUGGGUCUAAAAAAAAAGUGAUUUUUUUUUUUCCAAGUUUUAGGUAUCAAAUAAAGUAGGGGGAAAGUGCUCUAAAGCAACAGGAGAUGUGCGUGAAAGGUCCAAGUAAGUCUACUGAAGGAAAUUUCUCAAGCGUAGAUGGUUAUUUCAUUUUUAAACCUGCAUGUGUUAUUGCAGAAUUUCCUUAUCUGUGACUUAAACAUGUAUAGAAAAUUUGGCGGCAUGUCAAAGACAAAAAAAAAAGUGAAUGAAUUGGAAUGAGGCAGACAAUGGUGAGUUUCAAUGUCACUCUUCUGGACUGUACUGCAUGUUUGGUGUCAUGGGCACUCGACUGUAGACUUUGUGUUGUAUUUAAUGGUUCCAAGUGUGUGAAGUAUGCUGCGGAGGAGCCCUGGUGAAUGUAUCGUGUUGUCGUGAUUGUUCAAAACCCAAGUGGACUUGCUGUGUGGACAAAGGGAUAGGAACGCCUGACCACGACGGGAAGUCAAAAUGGAAGAAAACACCAUCACACGGUAUGAAACCCAAACGAGUGAACGAAUGCACAUGUGGCUGUGUAAGGUUAAAAAUGCCUGUAUCAUGGGAGCAGGUGCCUUUUUUUCAAAUCCAAUGUUGUGGUCUGUACUUGUAUUUUUAUGCAUGUUAAUGAUUCAGAAUCAUAAAGAAAAACACUGUAAUAAUAUAAUACGUUAUAACGUGAAAAAAAAUCACCAGCCAGUAAAAAAAAGAAGCCUGAUUUGUUUGUUUUCUGUCUGUUUUUUGCUUUCACAGAGCAAAGCACAAUUGUAAAUAGGUUUGUAAAUAAAAUAGUCGUAGAUGUUU